AUGGCUACUACCAAAGAUGAAGUGUCCCCUGCCGACCUCGGAGAGUCCACCAAGCCAUCACUUACCGAGCAAGUCGACGAAAAGGCCGUCGUCCUAACAGAAGGCCCCCCUCCCCAACCGCCACCAGCCAUGGACGGCGGCACCCGAGCAUGGCUACAAGUCCUCGGAUCCGCUCUUGUCUUCGGCAACCUCUGGGGCCUGCCCUUCUGCUUCGGCGCCUUCCAGAACUACUACGAGCUCACCCUCCUGACCAACGAAACCUCCUCCAGCAUAGCCUGGAUCGGUACAUUGACCAUGUUCCUCCUCAUCCUCACCGGCAUCGUCUCCGGCCCACUGUUCGACAUCGGCUACUUCAAAACCAUGCUGUUCGCAGGCGCCGCCCUCGAGACUUUUGGGAUGUUUAUGCUCAGCCUUUCCACCAAAUAUUGGCAGAUCUUUCUCACCCAAGGUGUGGUGAUGGGCUUCGCCAACGGCCUCUUGUACCUCCCCGGACUCGCCCUCGUCGGCCGCUCGUUCAAGAAACACCGCGCCGUCGCUAUGGGCGUCGUCAGCUGCGGCGCUCCCAUCGGCGGGAUCGUAUACACCCUCGUCUUCGAGCGCCUGAUUGGCGGCUUGGGCUUCGGUUGGACGGUCCGUGUGCUCGCCUUCAUUAUGCUGGGUACCUACUCCAUCGCCUUCCCUUUGCUGCUCUGGGGCGCGCACAACGUCGGCGAUAUCGGCAGCGGACAGGCGCGGAAGCUUUUCGAUAAGUCUGCAUUCCGUGAUGGGCCGUUUUGGGCGUAUACGUUUUCGAAUUUCUUUUUGUUUAUGGGAUAUAUGAUCCCGUUCUUCUUCAUUCCGACGUUUGCGCAGCUCGCAUUGGGGAUGCCAAGGAGCUGGGCGCUGUACACAGUGGUGUUUGCCCAGGCAUCCAGUAUCGUGGGGCGAUUGAUUGCGAGCUACGCCGCCAGUCGGGUAGGGGUGAUGAUACCCUGGAUCACGUGUGGACUGAUGUCGGCUGUCUUCAACCUCGCGUGGACAGGUGUGCAUAGUGAAGGGCCGUUCAUUGCGUUCUCGGUGCUCUAUGGAGCGUUCUCGGGGGCGCUGAUACCGCUGCCGCCGAGUAUUUUCCCUGUGGUGUGUCCGGAUCCGAAGGUUUUAGGGGCGAGGAUGGGCAUGGCGCAGGGGUUGGGGAGCGUGGCGAGUCUGAUUGGGAGUCCGAUUGCGGGUGCGUUGAGUCAGGUUGGGGUUAGUGGGCCGGAUGAGAGGAAUUAUUUGGGGUUGCAGCUAUGGGCGGGAUUGGUGAUGUUGUUGGGGGCGGGGAAUUUGAUGUUCUUGUGGUGGUUGCUUGUGAGGAAGCGGAAGCCGGAGACGAAGUUGAUAUGA